UGGAAAACAAAUUCACCUUUCGUUUUAAAAAUUGACACCACCAUCAACCUUUAGAAAAAGCUAAGCUCUUUGUUGAACAUAUGGACAACUAAUUCAUUACAUAUUUAAGUGAAUGGCCUUUUAAGUUAGAAUAACACUUCAAGUUACGUAUUACAUAGAGAAAAAAACACUUUACAAUCGUAAAUAAAUUUUAUUACAUUCAGAAGCAUCUUUCAUACUUCAAUUACGUAAAAUAUUUGAUUUUCAAAAAGAUCAAUUGUAUAGAUUAAUCAUUGAGAAGAAACAAUCGAAGGAGAAAGAAUCCCUACAUAAUGACAGAUAAUACAAAAUAUCUAUUAAAUGUAACAAAAGAUAAUUUGAUAACAUCUAAUAAUCGUUUAACACCAAAUCCAUGUAUGAUGCUUGAAUUAAGUUCCAUUAAUCGUAAUAUAUCCAUAAAUGAUAUGCAACCAUUAAAACGACAUGUAACAACACGUGUAAGGAUUUAUCAUUAUUGUGUUUUGUUUACUUCAGUUAUUGGAUUAAUUAGUAUAUCAAUAGCUUCAGUCAUAUUUUGUAUACAUACAGGUUAUUAUUUAAAUCAAUCAAAAUAUCAGAUGAACAAUACAUAUAUAACAAAGAGUAUGAAUGGAUUUUUUCAUUAUUCCCAAUGGAUAUCAUUGAGCAUAUUCAUUCUUGGAUUAUCAUUAUUAUUUAUUAGUUUUGCAUUAUGUUAUUUUUACAAUUCAAUAAUUAAUCGUUCUUCAAUUAAUAAACAAGGUUGUCCCAGAUUAAAUCAUAAUAAUAGUAAUACACAAGUACCUACAAUAAUUAAUAAUAAUAGUACAUAUAGUAGUAAUCAUUGUUUUAUUACACCAUCAGUUAAUCAAACUUAAUACAGUAGAAGUUUUUGUAUACAAUCCAUAUCCUAUUGUAUCAGGGAUUUUCAUUACUUUUAUCCGGAUUUCUUCUAUAUAUAAUUUAUAUGCAAAUGAUUUAUGUAUAUUCCCUUAAUGAUACAAAUAUACGUUAUUUCAAAC